AUGUCUACGAAAACGACAACAGCUAGCUCGGACAACAGACGCAGCCAAUCCCCUCCAGGCCUGCGACGGCGAAUGCACAUUCUACACCGUACUUCAAGCCUUCACGGCUCUGGAACGAGGCGUAAAACCCCUGUCCACAAUUCUUCGUCGAAUAUCGACUACAAGGAAAAAGGCGGGGAGAAUGAGACAUCGAGGCCAGAUGACGUCGAGGAACCGUCGCCAUUGGAGCCUAAACAUCGGUUCGAUUCCUCGGACGACGAGCUUGACUAUGUUGACCAGGAUACCAGCUACGAGGCUAUACAAUCCCUGGAAAAGGACCGGCAUGUCUCUGUCGACAAUCAGCCUACCGGACAUCCACAGGAGAUCUAUUCGAACCCCACCAGGGGCCCUCCAGCACGGCCACAGUUGGAUACCGCAAGCCUGAGCGUAUCGCCGCAAGCCUCCGGAACUAGUGGUUCUCGUGAUUCAGGGCCUCGAUCCCCUGCGUCCUCCAAAACAUGGUACGAAUUCGACUUGGCUGUGGUCGUGGCCCUGGUCUCGCCAAUCGGGAAUUGGCUUACCGGUGGAGAUCACAUCAAGAACCUCCUGCUGGUGGUCCUCCUUAUAUUCUAUCUGCAUCAGAUUAUCGAAAUUCCCUGGACAUUGUACCAGAAGGCUCGACCUCGUAGACGCGGGCUUCCCCUUCCUCCGGCGUCUACCGACUCACCCAAAACGCGUUACGCACACCUCGCUGCCACAGAACUCCGUCGCCUAGAACUCUUCUUCCUAUUCCUCACUCUCGUCUCUCCCUUCCUCGGAGCCCUGCUCUUACGAUACGGGACCGCUUCAGUGCUCGGUGAUGCAGCCGUCUCCUGGUUCAGCACUGGCCUCUUUGUCCUAGCCACAGGAAUGAGACCUUGGAGACACCUCGUCGACCGGCUGCAGACUCGCACCGCAGAAUUGCACGAUUUCAUCCACUACCCCGAGAUGUGCUUCAACUCGGAGGACGCCAAGGAGUCGGAGAAGAGGCAUCGACAGGAGCGGCAGCAACAGAUCAUGCAGGAGGAGAUCGCUGAACUUCGGAGGAAGGUGGAGAAACUGGAGAAAGGGGUGAAGAAGAUGAGGGGAGAGGUUGUGCAUUGCAACGAAGAGCUGGCGGAGUAUGUCGAGUCUGGGAUGGCUGCUGCUAUUCAAAAGCAGGAGUUGAAGUGGGACAAGUACGAAGGGAGGGUGAAGGGCUUGGAGCACGUCGUGAAGGAUAUCCAGCUUCGGGGCAUCGGUGCCAGAGGAGGGAAGGAUGCGACCAGGGUGCUUAUCCAAUUCAAAGAAGCUUUUCUUGCUGCUCUACACUGGGUCGUUGAACUCGGCUACACGCGCAAAAUCCCCGCUGGUCAAAAACGUCGAACAUCGCUCUCCAAUCAACGACGGCGAGCAAGUUCGACCGGCUCACUCACUGACACGCUGGAAACGAUCGUGGAAGAAGACGACGCCAAAUCUCGCUCUGUCGCCGAAGACAUCCCGUCUCCCGAGCGUCAUUCCUCCCGAAAGCACCACCGGUCAUCCAAGUCUACCUACGGUAUAUUGACGCUCCCUUUGAGGGCGGUUGUCAGGAUGGUGGUGAGGUCUGAGACAUCGUAG